GUUGGGACAGCAGACAGAGAGGGCAGGGGGACACAAGGCUUUUCUUUUCUUUUCUUUCCUUUAGAAAAAGCAUAUACCAGACCAAACCAAACCAAACCAUCCUCCUAGAGAUUCUUCUCCUUCUUCUGCUUCUCCUCCUGGUUUCUCUUCUGUUUUUAACUUCUUCUCUUAUCACAUAUUGCUACCCGACUGCAGGAACAAUCAUCUCCGGCCAUGGACCGCCAUUAGCAUAUAUUUCUACUUUUUGAAAAUAUUAUCUCAGUGUCUCUCCCAAUGACGAAAGUAAGUCCUGAAGUUGAAGAAAAUAUGCAGAUGGAGGCAAUUCUGCCAGUCUCUGUUGAUGUGAGUUUUGCUUCCAACCGGUUUCCCAAGUAUAAACUAGGUGCUGAUAGUCAGAUCCUGGAAGAGUCAAAAGAGGACAAUGAUGGUCCCUCCUUAAAGGAGGUUGUGGAACGGGAAACUUCCCAGCUGUCGGAGCAGCACAAGCGUCUGUCAGUUCGCGACCUUGCCAGUAAAUUUGACAAAAACUUGGCUGCUGCUGCUAAGUUGUCCGAAGAGGCAAAGCUUAGGGAAGUGGCAUCUUUAGAGGGACAUGUUCUUCUUAAGAAGCUCAGAGAUGCAUUGGAACAUUUGAGAGGCCGUUUGUCCGGACGAAAUAAAGAGGACGUGGAGAAGGCUAUCUCUAUGGUGGAAGCUUUAGCAGUUAAGUUGACUCAAAAGGAGGGAGAAUUGAUUCAAGAGAAGUUUGAAGUGAAAAAGUUAGCGAACUUUCUCAAACAGGCUUCUGAAGAUGCUAAAAAAUUGGUGAACCAAGAGAAAUCUUUUGCUUGUGCUGAAAUAGAGAGUGCAAGGGCAGUAGUUCAAAGAUUUGGUGAGGCACUUGAGGAACAAGAAAGAGUUUCCCAAGCUUCUAAGAAGCAGGACGUGGAGGAAUUAAUAGAGGAGGUUCAAGAGGCUAGAAGAAUUAAGUUGUUGCAUCAGCCAAGCAAGGUGAUAGAAAUGGAGCAUGAGCUCCGUGCACUACGAACUCAAAUUAGAGAGAAAUGUUUAUCUUCAGUUAAGCUUCAGAAAGAGCUGGAAUUAAGCAAGUUGGCUGAGGAGAACAAAUUCAGCUUGUACACUUUAAAUGGUUCUGAAACUUUAGGUUCAUAUCUACGAAUCCAACCUUGCUCAGAUAAGGUUCCACCACUUUCAAAAUGUUUGAUUCAGUGGUAUCGCGUCUCAUUAGAGUGCAGCAGGAAUGAAGUUAUUUCAGGUGCUGACAAGUCAGUUUAUGCACCUGAACCUUUUGAUGUUGGUCGAAUCUUACAAGCAGACAUUGUUUCAAAUGGCAAUAAAAUCUCAGUGAUUACUUCUGGUCCUAUUGAUCCUGCUGUAGGACUUGGAAGCUAUGUUGACACGCUUUUGAGAAAAUCUAACUCUGAAUUUAAUGUAGUUAUUUCCCAAGUGAAUGGACAAGAUCAUUCAUCGCAUUCUGUUCAUGUAUUUCAUGUGGGAAAGACGAGAAUGAAGCUUUGUAGAGGAUGGAUUACAAAGGCUAGAGAAAUUUAUUCUUCCUCAAUGCAGUUGUGCGGAUUUAGAGGUGAUGGUAAUACAGCAGCAAAGACAUUGUUUUGGCAAGCAAGAAAGGGGCUCUCAUUUGUAUUAACAUUUGAAUCUGAGCGAGACAGGAAUGCCGCCGUUAUGCUUGCUAGGAAAUACGCUCAUGAUUGCAAUGUGAUGCUUGCUGGACCAGAUGAUCAAGUAUAGAAGAAGUAAAGCUAACUGACUGAGUUUUUACAGAGAAAAAGUGGGAGUAAAAAUGAGGUUUUUGUAGUGUGAGUAAUAUGUAUGUUUGAUUUUGUGUGUGUCAAAAGUGUUAUGAGAGGGAGAAAGUGUUUGUUAUAGUGAUUGGGUUUUUCCACUAAUCUGGGUUGCAUUGUUUUUAGGCAUUGUUUUUGUUUGCCUAAUCAUAUAUAUAUAUAUAUAUAUAUAUAUUUUUUUUUUGUUAACAAGAUAUGUUGAUUUAUGAUUAAUUGGUUCUUUCUUUGUGGCU